GGUGUACAUCGAUCCAAUUAAAGUCGCUCAAACUCUGAUUAAAGAACUGGAGUAGUGUUUUAUUUAUCAAAAAAUGCACCAUUGAGUGUUGACAAAAACUUAAAGUAGCGUCCAUGGUUUCCGAUCUCUUUCCUUGUUCACUCUGAUCCAACUGAAUUGAAUUUAUAAAGAAUUCGAGUGUAAUUAAUUGCUCAAUAUCUCUGAACAUCGACGGAAAUCGAAUUGCAAUAAGAUGUCAGUCCCUCGAUCUAUGGAUAAGUCAAGUGCUCUUGAAUACAUCAAUCAGAUGUUUCCUACAGAGGCAUCCUUGUCUGGUGUUGAGCCUCUUAUGCAAAAGAUUCAUGGUGAGAUUCGUCGAGUUGAUGCUUCCAUUUUGCAAGCUGUUCGACAGCAGAGUAAUUCAGGUACUAAGGCCAAAGAAGAUCUUGCUGCGGCUACACACGCUGUGGAGGAACUUAUGUAUAAGAUACGAGAAAUAAAAAAUAAAGCUGAGCAAAGUGAGACAAUGGUUCAGGAAAUUUGCCGUGAUAUUAAGAAGCUUGAUUUUGCAAAGAAGCACAUAACUACUACUAUAACGGCCCUUCACCGUCUUACCAUGUUAGUAUCUGCUGUUGAGCAACUUCAAGUGAUGGCUUCAAAGAGGCAAUACAAGGAGGCAGCUGCUCAAUUGGAGGCUGUAAAUCAAUUAUGCAGUCAUUUUGAAGCCUACAGGGAUGUUCCAAAAAUAACUGAAUUACGAGAGAAGUUCAAGAAUAUUAAACAAAUCUUGAAAUCUCAUGUAUUUUCUGACUUCUCUAGCUUAGGUACAGGGAAAGAGACAGAAGAAGCUAACUUAUUACAGCAGCUGUCGGAUGCUUGUUUGGUUGUUGAUGCACUGGAGCCUUCUGUACGAGAAGAACUUGUGAAAAGUUUCUGCAAUAGGGAGCUUACUUCCUAUAGACAAAUCUUUGAAGGAGCUGAACUUGCUAAGCUGGAUAAAACAGAAAGGAGAUAUGCGUGGAUUAAGCGUAGAUUGAGAACAAAUGAGGAGAUCUGGAAAAUCUUUCCUUCUUCGUGGCAUGUCCCAUAUCUACUAUGCAUCCAAUUUUGCAAGUUGACAAGGACGCAGCUUGUGGAGAUACUUAAUAACCUGAACGAAAAACCUGAUGUGGGAACAUUGCUGCUGGCACUUCAAAGAACUCUGGAAUUUGAAGAAGAAUUGGCGGAGAAGUUUGGUGGAAGUUCACCAAAUAAAGAAGAGAAGCAUGACGCAGACGACACAGAUAAAGGGGAUAGUCUUAGUCAAGCUGUAUCAGAUAUUAAAAAGAAAUAUGAAAAGAAGCUUGCUGCGCACCAAGGCAGUGGGACUGAUGAGAAGGACAGUCUGAAAGAUUUUUCUGUACCUGGAGCAGGGUUCAAUUUUCGUGGAAUUAUCUCAUCUUGCUUUGAACCUCAUCUAAAUGUGUAUGUGGAGUUGGAAGAGAAAACACUUAUGGAGUAUAUGGAGAAACUUGUUCAGGAAGAAACUUGGGAUACGGAAGAAGGAAGUCAGACAAAUAUCUUAUCUAGUAGCAUGCAGGUUUUUCUAAUAAUCAGACGAAGCUUGAAGCGGUGCAGUGCUUUGACAAAGAAUCAGACAUUGUUUAAUUUGUUUAAGGUAUUUCAAAAAAUUCUUAAAGCAUAUGCGACCAGACUGUAUGCUAGACUGCCGAAGGGUGGAACAGGGAUUGUGGCUGCAGCCACUGGAACAGAUGGCCAGAUUAAGAUAUCCGAAAAAGAUGAAAGGAUGAUCUGCUACAUCGUCAACACAGCUGAAUACUGUCAUAGAACUUCUGGUGAAUUGGCUGAAAAUAUAGUAAAAGGUAUUGAGCCGUUGUUUGCUGAUAGAAUAGAUAUGUCAGAAGUGCAGGAUGAGUAUUCAGCAGUGAUAACAAAAUCACUGACAACACUGGUACAAGGUUUGGAAACAAAAUUUGACGCUGAAAUGGCUGCAAUGACGCGUGUUCCUUGGGCAACUCUUGAAAGCGUUGGCGACCAAUCCGAGUAUGUCAAUGGGAUUAAUACAAUCCUUAAAAAUAGCAUACCUGUACUUGGAACCCUUUUGUCCCCCAUUUACUUCCAGUUUUUCUUGGACAAGCUUGCUUCUUCACUUGGUCCCCGUUUCUAUCUCAACAUUUUCAAAUGCAAGCAGAUAUCAGAAACUGGAGCCCAGCAGAUGCUUUUGGAUACUCAGGCUGUGAAAACAAUUCUUUUGGAUGUUCCGUCCCUUGCUAAACAAACAUCAGGAGCUGCAAACUACUCUAAAUUUAUUAGCCGUGAAAUGAGCAAAGCUGAGGCCCUUUUGAAGGUUAUUUUGUCACCUUUAGAUUCUGUAGCAGAUACAUAUCGCGCUUUAUUACCUGAAGGAACAACAUCAGAAUUUCAGCGGAUUCUAGAGCUCAAGGGUCUUAAAAAGGCAGAUCAACAAACCAUACUCGAUGACUUCAACAAACAUGGUUCAAGCAUUAAACAUCCCUCAAUGACAGCUCAUUCUGUAUCAGUUGCCCCGACCCCACCUGUAGCACCUACUAUAAAUAGUCCUGCUUCAUCAGCUAUUGCUGCUUCUCGAGAAGACGUGCUUGCAAGAGCUGCUGCAUUGGGCCGAGGAGCAGCAACUACAGGUUUCAAGAGGUUCCUUGCUCUAACAGAAGCAGCAAAGGACAGAAAGGACGGACCAUUUAGAAAACUCUUCAAUCCAUGAGGGUCUUACCAGUGACCAUAGUGCAUAAUCUCAGUUGCAAAACGACUUUUGAGGUCAAUGCAGAUGAUUUUGCGGUUGUCUUGCAGUAAGUUCAAAAUUCUUUAUCAUGCGGGUGUGAUUCAGUUAUGUGGACGAUAUUUUGCACUAUGGGUUUACUGCUUUAUGCGAAAGGAACGUAAUAUGCCAUAUACAACGUCUCUGCUCCCAUUUUUCGCCAGAGAAAGACAGAGACUGUUUUCCGUAUGGAGAUUAAUAUUGAUAAUGUAUGAAUAGUUUGUUCGUUGUCGAUUAUGUUGUGUAGGCCAGUUUUGUUAAAGUAUUUUCCGCGGAGUUCCUGAGAGUGGUUUAGUUUCGUCAGUUGUCACUGGUUCGUAGAAUCCAUGCUUGUAAGUAAUAUCGUCCAAUCAGUGUUUUUUUCUACUGAUGUUUUCCGGAUAUAGUUUUUGAUGUUAGCAGUGCAACCAGUUUACAGUUUCAUAUGAUCAAGAAUAGGGACGGAGCAAAUUACACAAUUUUUUUUAAAUUUCCGUAUAUUUUACAUUUUUUUAUUUGUUGCAUUUUUUAUUUUGCUACAAUGAUCUUAAAAUUCUCUCAUUUGAAUAGGGAAAUAUCAUAAAAGGCAAAUAGGUGGACUGUCCGGUCCGGGUGACCCAAUUCGCGGUUUUGCGGGUCGAUUCCUACCAACGGUUCCAUCAAUUUUUUUUUGGAACCUUAACGGUUUGCGGUUUGCGGUUUGGACCGAUUUAGAACAUGUCACAGACGGUUUUGUUUUCUGGAUAGAUUUUUAACGACUCGGGAUCGGUUUGAUUUUGGAUAAUCUGUCCUGUGGCCGUCACUAUGUCCAUUUAUUUGCCUGUGGUAUUUCCCUAUUUAGAUCCUCAAGCCUAAAUGGAAGCUUGUACUCCUUUUGUUCUCUUUAUUUGUUACAAGGACAUAAUGUGAGUGGUCUAAGAAAAAGAUAAAAAUGGGUAAAGUGAUUUAUGGGGGAAGGAAAAGCAAAUAAAAUGUAUAAAUGAGAUGAAAAAAUAAUUUAGAUAUCGAGAUAAAAAUCAAAAAGACGGUGUGAAUUAUAAUAAAAAAUUAAUUUGUAGAAAAAUCUUUCGGAUGGACUAAAAAAAUGUAGCAA